GCGCAAGCGCUGUGAAGCAGUGCCAAAGAAAUAUGGCGGUCAUGAAAACAGGCUGGAAACCUCCUAAUGGAGGGGGUAUUGUUCGUGUUGGCUACUACGAAAUAGAUCGAACUAUUGGAAAGGGAAAUUUUGCAGUAGUGAAACUGGCAACACAUAUCGUUACAAAAACAAAGGUUGCCAUUAAAAUAAUUGACAAAGAACAGCUGGAUGAAGAUAACCUUAAGAAAAUCUACAGAGAAAUGCGGAUAAUGAAAUUACUAAAACAUCCUCACAUAGUACGGCUGUAUCAGGUAAUGGAAACAGAGAGAAUGUUAUAUUUGGUUACAGAAUAUGCCAGUGGUGGGGAAAUAUUUGAUCAUUUAGUAGCACAUGGAAGAAUGAAUGAAAAAGAAGCGAGGAAGAAAUUCAAACAGAUUGUUGCGGCUGUGGCCUACUGCCAUUGUAGACAUGUUGUUCAUCGAGACCUCAAGGCAGAAAAUCUCUUACUGGAUGCCAACCUCAAUAUCAAAAUAGCAGACUUCGGAUUUAGUAAUAUUUUUUCUUCUGGUUCUCCAAUGAAAACUUGGUGUGGCAGUCCACCUUAUGCAGCCCCAGAGCUUUUUGAGGGCAAGGAAUACGACGCCCCGGGAGUGGAUGUGUGGAGUCUUGGAGUGGUGCUAUAUGUACUUGUUUGUGGUGCUCUACCUUUUGAUGGCAGUUCACUUCACAGUCUCAGGUCCAGGGUGCUGUCUGGAAAAUUUAGAGUGCCAUUUUUUAUGUCUACAGAAUGUGAAAAUUUGAUCAAACAAAUGUUGACUGUUGAUCCCUCCAAGCGGAUUACAAUAGACCAGAUUCUGCAUCAUGAAUGGAUCAAAACGGGUGGAGAGGAUCCAGAGUUUGAAGAAUUAGUUUCUUAUCUGAGACCUUCUCUAACUCUGGAAACAGAAGAACUGAACGAGACUAUUCUAAGUCACAUGGAAAACCUUGGUCUGGAUCGUGAAAUGACAGAGAAUUCUGUACAAAAGGAGGCCUAUGAUCAUCACAGUGCUGUGUACCAUUUACUUCUGGACAAACUGAAGAAACACCCAAAGACAAGUAUUAGCAAAUUACCAAGCACACCCAUACCAAAUAUUCCUAUAGGAGUUAGAACAGAGAGAAGGUCCAGCAUUACGACCGGUGUAGUUGAACAUGUUGAUAUGUCUGAAGAUACUACUGCAGAAGCUCGGCCUCUGAUUCCUUCUGCAGCUUUAGCAAACAUUCAACAGCUCGUCCAGCAAGCAGAGGCAGAAGAUUCAUCUAGUCAGCAUUCUGACUCGGACAAUGAGGAGCCGUGUCCCGAGGCCCUGGCUCGCUAUCUUGCCAUGCGUCGACACACAGUGGGUGUCGGAGAUUCACGUCACGAGGUGCCAGAAGACGUCCGAGUCAAACUGGCCAAUCAUCAACCUCUUAUAGCAUCUCCUCAACCCAAUCUUUACUGGCCAAUGGGUUUCUUGCCAAACAACCCUCAUACACUUCCUACUGUGCCAAAUGAAAUGCCCAGUGUUGCAGUCGCAGAUCAGCAAUUUUUACAGAUACCUACUUGCUUUGGGCCAGGGGGAGGAGGAGGUUGGAACAGGAGGGCGUCAGAUGGGGGCGCUAACAUUCACCUGUUUGCUCGUCAGAUAUGCCAGGGAGGGACUAGUAUUCCUGGAAAUUCUGGCAGUCAGGAGGCACUUCCUUCUCUUAGUCAGUCCCAGUUGUCCUCUGCGGGUUUACCUCUGACAGUGGAGGAGAAUGAGGAUGGGGGGUCCGACCAAGAGCCCGACCCUGAGGCAGUUCAAAGAUACUUGGCAAGUAGAGGCAGGAGUAAGAGACACACUCUGGCAAUGUCCAACCCCAUACACGAGAUUCCAGAAGAACUACAGAAGAAGUUGUCCCUUCAGCCCAUACGAACACAGCGAAGAGGCAGUGCACUAGGAACUAUGUCACUUCCCGAGAGAGUAGCAUCAACUCCAAAUUCUUUUGCAAAUUCUUUACAUCUGCCAAAUGAGAGGUUUUCUCCUGUAAGAAGAGCUAGUGAUGGACUGGCCAAUUUACACAAAUAUCAAUCACAUCUAGAAAAAAUUUACAACCAGACGAUACAGCAGUCAAGUUCCCGACACAAUAGUCACUCUAGUCUGAAACAGCUACAGCAAGAAUGUCAGGAGCUUCAGAAACAAUGUCAACGAGAUCCUGGCAAGGGGGUGGAACUUCAGCAGCAACACACAUUUCACCGGCUACAACACUCACUCCAGAACAACAACAUGCCACCUUCCCCAGUUCCAUCACCACCGCUCGCACCAGCCUCUCCAAGUUUCUCUCAUAAUAGUCCACUACAGACAGACACACAGACCUCCUCACUGUACCAGCAGUUACAGCGUCUCCAUUUGGUUCAGCCACAGAACUACCAGAGAGGAAGCCCGCCUACUUGUUUACUGGGACAGCGGACGGACUCCCCUCCACAGUCUCUUCUCUUUCAUUCCUUCACUCAGCCAAUGCAGAGGGCUAGCACCCCCCCAAGUGGCACAAAUUUUCAGAAUUUACAGAUGAUACGGGAAGAUUCCCAAGACACGACUAACAGUGAUGAGGACGUUGGUAUGAAUGCAUCGAUUUCCAAAGAAAUUAUGGCAGAACUUCGGCAGAGACAGUUUACAAACAAACCUCAGAUAAGUAUUACAGACACGCAUGGUCAUGUAACGUCUGUUAACUCAGAUGGUGAUGAAACUGAAAACAUGGAAGACAGUGAUUUACAGACACCAUGUAUAAACUCAGGAAGUUACUCAACAUUCCAGGAUCAGCGCUCUAAUUCUGUUCCACAGGCAUCUCCCCAGCAAUACUGUCAACAAAAAGGCUUAGCUACUUUUAGUACAGUAGUCUACAACUCAAAUCUUGCAAACAUUCCCCCUUAUCAAGUAAGUGGAAAAACUUUCUGUUGGGAUAUUUCUCAGAGUGAAUUACCGUUUUCAUCAUACAACUGGUCUAAUGCUCAGAUGGAUUAUCAGAAACAUGGACAUUAUGGUGGAUUGACUACAAAUGCCAUGGAUCUAAUGCAGUGUCAACAGAGAUUUCAGAAUGACAAAAAUUCAUCUGCAAUGAAAGGACAGCCCUCAGAUUUACCUAAUGGGGGUACAGCUAUUGAUCUCUCAAUAUCAAACCAAAAAAGCACUGAGAAUCAGGUGAAUAUUCAGAAAGUCAACUCUAAUAUUAACCUGGCCUCCACGCGCACUGUGGAUGAUAUUCUUUGUGAACUUAAACGCAUUCUGGAGUUAGGUGAUAAAGGUAAAGUUGUGCAGUUUUCUGACCACCUGUUUAGGUUAGAGAGAUCGGACGUACAGAUGGAGCUGGAGGUGUGUCAGGGGGAGAGCUACAAUGGACUCCAGGUCAGGAGAAUCUCCGGUGACAAGGGACACUACAGGCAACUCUGUCAUGAACUUCUCUCCGGAAUUAAUCUAUGACACAAGUCUUAUUAUCGAUUUCUUCAUUUAAGUAUAGAAUAAGAUCUCUCAGCUUCUUAUUUCAUCCCAUACAAAUGAUCAAAGAUUUGGACUUUUUUGUGAAUGAAAUUUAAUAGAUAUGUAGUGCUAUAUUAGAAAGCAUUGUACGUUUUCUAUGAAAGUAAACACAGAGUUUCCUGUUUAUGAUGAAGCAGACCUCUGCCAUAUAACAUUCAGUUGUUAAGUUUGUUAAGCAUUUUGUUUGUUUUAAAUGUUUAUAAAAGAAUGUUGGCAUGAUGUAUUACAUGACUACAUAAAAUGUUUUUUUAAAAA